AUGUCCCAGAAAUUCCCCAUUUUCUGUGGCGAGUGCAUGUUGGAGAACAAUUUGAAUUAUAAACAAAAGACCAAAGGACUUAGUCCCUCUGAAUCAGUUGAGUUUCUAGUUGCUAUCUCCCCUCAAAACACGCUGGUGAGAGAGCUUCAGGCAGCUGUCUUGUUUUCCGUUGGUAAGUUGGAUGAAAGUGCUGAGGCUUUUUCUCUGGCUCUGCAGUUGUCAGAACCACAGAGUGAUACAGAGGCAAACAUAGACCUGGCCACACAGGGAAUAACACUGGAGAGGAGAGCUAGUUUGCUAGUGGGGAGGGCAGCUGCCCAUUUUUCUGCUGCUGGACGAGCAGGUGAAGCUUGCCGAGACCUCGGUGAAGGCUUCGCCACUCACCCAGCCACGGCCAGGCAGCAGUUCCAGAAGCUGUUUGCUGAAAACGGCACAGAUGUAAUGGCCCGCAUCCAGCUGCGGCAGCAGGCAGAGAGAGGCCUGUCCAGCUUCAAGGAGGCGGUUCUUGUCCGGCAGGACUUGCGCUCCAGCGAGGGUGUGGAGCUACUGGACCCAGCCAUCGCACAGCUGCGUGCUCUCUGCCACCUGGAGCCCGACGGAGGCGGGCGGGAGCUGCGUGUACGCCUGGCUGACUGCCUGCUGCUCCGUGGCGAAUUCCGCGAGGCCCUCUCCAUCAGCAGCCAGCUCGCCACUGCCCCCGCCCAGCAGAGCUACCAGAACACGGUGCAGGUGCUGCGCGGCUUUGCCCGUCUCUUCUCCGAGGACCGCGGUGGAGCUCUGGAGGACUUCCAGGCCGUGAUUGAGCACAGUGUUCCUCACCCCCCAGCCUGUGUGAGAGCACUCUGUGGCAGGGGCCUGGUGCGGAUGAUGGAUGGCUUGCACUACCUGACAGCUCUGGACUACGUCACAGCCAGCCGACUCCAGCAUCAGGACACAGCCCUUACCGUGAGGUGCCUGGUGCCGUGGAACUACCGCGGGUUGCUAUGCACAAUACUGCUGGAGCAGGGGAGGGUCAUGCUGGAAGACGUCAGAGAGCAGAGUAUAAGUAAAGAUGCAGGUACUGUUCAGGACCAUCAGCUGACCAACCAGUUCCUGUCCGCACAGAGAAGAGAGGUGUGCAAUAUCAACAAAGAAGGAUUGGCUGCAGGUGUGCAUGCCCUCGCCCUUGUUCUAAUGGAGCUGCAGCCGGGUACAGAUGCAGCCCAGAUCCUGGCAGCAGAUGCUCUGUACCAGCUGGACCGCAUUGAAGAGGCAUACCGUCUCCUCCUCUGCAUGGAGCACACAUCCCUGCACCCCCCAGUCCUCGCCCGCCUGGCCCUGCUCCAGCUGCACCGUAGCUUCCUGUACGACUCCAACCAGCUGCUAAAGAAGCUAAUCCAUUGUGGGGACACUAGCUGCCUUCGAUCUCUGUUCUGUGUAGCAACUCCAAAGGACAAGGCAUUACUUGAGACACACUGUCACAGUGCAUCAAAACGCAUUUUACAAAGCCAACAAGAGGAAAGUGCCAUCAGAGAGGCUGUGGCCUAUCUGUCUAUUGCCAUAAUGGCUUCAGGUGGUCAAGCAAUAGACUCAUUGCUGGAGAGAGCAAGGUGCUAUGCUCUACUGGGCCAAAGGAAGACUGCUAUUUUUGACUUUACCGCUAUCCUUAAGAAGCACCCAGACCACGUGCAAGCUUUGAGUGGCAGAGGGCUCACCUAUCUCAUGUUAAACCAGCAGAAGGAAUCCACUCAAGACUUGGUGGCAGCUUUACAGGUUGAUGCAGAAGAAGUAACUCUUAGUAUUUUGUCCCUGGAGGACAAGGCCAGGAAACUUGUCUGCGAAUGGCUACAGCAACACUGCCGUGCCACACUUUCCACUCUCCUGUCAACUGACCCAGCGCCCUGCCGGGAAGAGGGUCUACGGGAAGCUUUCCUGACUGGUGGAACACUCCUGAAAAUUGACUGCAGGGACCCAAGGUGGCACCUUCUCUACGUAGACACACUGCUGGCACGAGGGGAGGUGAAGGCAGCAGGAGCACACCUGCGGCAGCUCUUUGGGCAGGACCCUCGCAAUGUUGCAGCCAAGGCCCGGUGGGGAGUGGUGGAGAGCUGGCAGCAGAACUACACUGUGGCAGCCAAAUGCCUAAGUGGAGUAUCUGAGAAAGAGCCCUCAGUGCUAGACUUUCUGCUGACCCUCAUUAAGCCUCUGCAAAGGAGCCGCCUUGCACAGGUAGCAUUUCAGGAGGCCACCAGCAUCUGUGAGUGCGGUCAGUGGGAGCGUGCCCUAGCCCUGCUGACAGUAGCUGUGCGAGCCGGGGGCAGUGCCAAGCCCAGGCACCUGCGCCAACGGGUGGUGUGCCUAGCUCACCUGGGCCUCCAUGAACGGGCCGUGUCAGACAUGGACCAGGUCAUGUGUUCCCACCAGACAGGUGAAGGCAGUGGUGAGGAGUCCAGGGUGUGGGUGGAGGACCUGUGCAGGAGGGGCCACAGCCUGCUGCUGUGCUCUCGGGAUGAGUCUGCCCUGCAUGACUUCUCUCAAGCCUUAGAGCUGGAUCUGGACCGGGCACUAUGGUGCGUGGACGCUGGCCCAGGCAGGUCCCGCCUAGCCCAAGCCUUCCUGCAUCUCGCCCUGCAGCACUAUGGAGAGCAGCAGCUGGACAAGGCAUGGCACCUGACAGAGAGCGGCCUAAGGGUGGACAGUAGCAACACAGAGCUGCGCCGGCUCAAGGCCAGAAUAAAGCGAGAGGGCUCUGGUUCAUGUUUUGUACACUAAAAAGCUAGAUUGAGAUGUGGAUACAGUUUAUCAGUGAGGUAGCUUACAAGCAAUGGAAAUGCAUGUGUAUUAGGUGUGUGCAGCUGAGAGUCUUUAAAGUCUUUAUCUCUACUACUUUGGCCUUGUUUGAGUACAUGGAAAUAUAAAUAAAUAGUGCUAUCAUGUAAUAACAAAGAAAUCUCAUCUGAGAGGUCCUCAUUUAUACUAUGUCCACAUGAAACCACAAACCUUGAACUAUUCAGUGACCAAACAGUAGACUGGCUGUAUGGGUUUUGUGCUGUUUAGAAAUGUCAGAAACAAUUGUUGAUCGUUGGUCCAUCAAUGAAGGAGGGGCCACUUUUGGAAAAUAGAUUUAAUAGAUUUCCAACUUUUGGAAAAUAGAUUUAAGCCCCUUUCUGCUGCAUGUUUGUUUUGAUGGCUCCAACUGUCUGGAUGGGAAAAAAAAAACGCUUAUAGUAGGUUUAAAUGUAUUCACAUGUUAUUAAUCUGUAUACACAUUGACUAUUCUAAACAACGGAUUCAAAUUCUGGCUUUAAACCCAUUGAUUUCAUUUUUUCAUUACAAGAGCACGGUGAUACUUGACGCCUUGCGCGUCAAUUACAGCUUUUACCACAAGAUGGCAUUAUAGUAUCAACAUUUAAUAUAAAUUUGAAAGUUAAACGGGAUUUGUUUAAGUUUUUGAAUUGGCGAAUUGCAUAUAUUAUCUUUAUAAAUUACCCUUAACGAGUAGUAGUAAGAUGCGUAGACGUUCAAAUUCAGACUGAGGUAUUCUCAGCGCUGUUCAUCACAGUGUCUACGUGCUGUGAAUACCUGCAACCCUCGCGCUUCUGGACGACAGAGGGUGUAGCGCAGCGUGGAUGUUGCGUUUGUUGUUGGAGCAACUGAAACUAAACUAUUCGUAGCAUUAUUUUAUAAUUCAUAGUAAGGUGUAUGUGUAAUACUAGGAAAAUGCCAUUGCAUGCUAUAACGUUAUUGUUUAUGCUAAAUGGAAUUAGUUCAUCGUCCUAUCUCGGAGGUCUGCAGCCAUUCUUGUGAGUAAUGACGUGAGGACCCUUGGUUAGUGUUUGGUUUGCGUGUGUGCAUCUCUUGAACAAGACACUGUACUUGUUCAUAUGCUGUACAUUGCGGUUAGAGUUUAAAAACUUUGGAUGGGACAUAUGUGAUGGUAAUUUGUCUUUGAUCAAUUUUUAAUUUUAAUUAAAACUUUUUCAUGUUUAGUCACAUGAAAAGGUUCAUCUAUAGCAUUUUUUACUUUGGUUUAUAAAGAUCUUACAUCUUAGAGUCAAAAAUGAUUUCAAUGCUUUUGAUAUUGCAUUGUGGUAUUCAUAGUGACCUAAGAUAUUUUUCAUUGCGAGUUAUACUGUGUAUGA